CUUGGACCCGUUGCGGGUAGGGUUUAAGUAGUGGACGGUGGUAAACAUGCCCUGUUCGUGACAAGGAAUCUAUCAUAAUCUCAACACCAUAUCAUCACAUCUCCACCUCUUGUGCCUCUUAGGAUAUCAGUGACGACUUGAAUGACCAUGGCCAACGACGAUAGGAAGGACAGCGCGCAAAUGGCGUCUUCAAAGAAUCCGACAAAGCCUUUACCAACCCGGACAGUAUCAACUCGCACCCAGGAACCACACAGGACUCCAAGCCAGAUGAACAGAACCACAUCGACCACAACUCCACGCCCAACCACCACAGCACCGAAACCCACACGCCCCGACCUCCAGCGCCGCCGCACCACCGCCAAAACCCGCUACAUGGACAUGCUCCUCUCCCUCGACGACGUGCCCAAAACGCACAACAUCCUCGCCUCCGCCUCCGUCUGGAUCCUCCUCGCCGGCUACAUCGUGCUCCCCGCCACCUUCAACAAAUUCCAACGCGACACAGACAUCGACGCGAAAGCCAACUCCGCGUUCUCCAAGGCCGCGCUGUCCACCGUCCGCAACGUCCCGCUGCUCUACAUCGCGGCUUUCGCGUGCGGCAUCGGCGUCGUGGGCUGUCUGUGGCUGUGGUGGAAGCACAGGACGAACUACGUGUGGGUCGUGAAUAGGAUUUUUCUCCCUGCGUUGAUGAAUAGUAUCGCGGGGUUGAUAAGUACGUUGGUUAAUGUGUAUUCUGCUCAGGCUGGCCAAUACUCCGUCACGGCGAAGGCGACGCUCGUCGUCACUGCCGCGUGCUCGACUGUAACCGCGGCGCUGUUCCUCCUGUAUAACACGGUCAUGCUGAGCCUGGUGAAGAGGAAGCACAAGCGGGAGACGGACGCCGUGGAGAAGGAGAAUGUGAGGAGGGAUGGGGUGGUGGGUGGUGUGGUUGUUGGUGGUGCGGUCGGCGGGGCUGCGGCGGCUGCGUGAGAUGGAGUUGGUAGUUUAUUAUUUCUUUUCGCUUUUAAUGAAUGGGGGAAGGUAUACGGGGGACUGUGUAUCGAGGGUGAGGAGAUAUAUCGUGUGGGAGAGACGGGAUGGGAUGUUCGGG